AAGUCUGAUGGAGCCCAAAUUCAGAAGUGGAAAUCGCGGAGGAGAAGAGCAGGGAAAGCAGAAGCUGCUACUACCCAUCUUGGUGAACGGCGAUCGCCGUCCGUGAGGUUAGGGUUUUACGGAUUAGAUGUGAGCGUGUGAAGGGGGUCAGGUUAUACCGUGUUUGGUUGCUGAGAAACCAGAAGCAAACGUUAGCGGAUAAGAGUUUCGAGCUCUUUUUAGCAUUUCAGUGCGAGUGGGUGUGCCCGUAAUUUUGAGUGGCUUGAAUUAAGAUCUGAAGCAGCAGCCUUCUUUAAGGAGGAAUCUUCUGCAGGAGUUAUAGGGCUGAUACAGGCAUGGAUGUAGACAAGGAAAACCCUGUUUCAGUUUCACUUGCAGAACCUUCUGCAGCAGUCACUGAUGAUCAAACUCCAGUUUCAACCAUUGAUCCUACCCCACUACCAGCAAUGCAACCUAUUAUUCCUUCAUUAGUCCCCCCUCCAAUUGUGCCUCCUAUUGCUCCCAUACCCUCAGUUUCUGCCCCAAUCCUCCGGCCAUUGGCUCCUCUCCCUGUGCGUCCACCUGUCCUUAGGCCACCCCUUCCACAAAAUGGUGAGAUGAGAGCCAGUGAUUCAGAUUCUGAUCGUGAUGACUCAGGCCGUGCCCAGGCAGCUUCAGGUUCAGCUGUAGAAUAUGAGAUUUCAGAAGAGAGCAGACAGUUUAGAGAGCGGCAAGAAAAAGCAAAGCAGGAAUUCUUGAUGAAGCGUCGUGCUUCUGCUCUAGCAGUGCCUACUAAUGACAUGGCUGUACGGACUCGCCUUCGCCGGCUUGGUGAACCCAUAACCCUUUUUGGAGAAAGAGAGAUGGAAAGACGAGAUCGGCUGAGGAUGAUUAUGGCAAAACUGGAUGCCGAGGGCCAAUUGGAGAAGCUGAUGAAAGCUCAUGAGGAGGAGGAGGCUGCAGCUCCUGUUGCAAUGGAAGAAGUUGAAGAGGAAACUCUUCAGUACCCAUUCUAUACUGAAGGUUCAAAAUCUCUUUUAGAGGCUCGAGUUGAGAUUGCUAAGUAUUCGAUUAAGAGAGCAGCUUCACGUCUUUACCGUGCAAGGAGGAAAAGGGAUGAUCCGGAUGAAGAUUUGGAUGCAGAGAUGGAUUGGGUUUUGAAAGAGGCUGGGAGUUUGGUCUUAGAUUGCAGUGAAAUUGGAGAUGAUCGACCACUUUCUGGAUGUUCUUUCUCACAUGAUGGAAAACUGCUUGCCACCUGUGCUCUAAGCGGAGUUGCUAAGAUAUGGAGCAUGCCUCAAGUAAAUAAGGUCUCUGCCCUAAAGGGACAUACAGAACGUGCAACUGAUGUUGCAUUUUCUCCUGCACUCAACCAUUUAGCAACUGCCUCUGCUGACCGAACUGCAAGGUUGUGGAAUGCUGAAGGGUCUCUUCUGAAGACAUUUGAGGGCCAUCUGGACCGUCUUGCCCGCAUAGCCUUUCAUCCAUCAGGGAAAUACCUGGGCACAGCUAGCUUUGACAAGACUUGGAGAUUAUGGGAUGUAGAGACUGGUGAGGAGUUGCUUCUUCAAGAAGGUCAUAGUAGGAGUGUAUAUGGGAUAUCUUUCCACCGGGAUGGAUCUUUAGCAGCAUCAUGCGGACUGGAUGCACUUGGUCGUGUAUGGGACCUUCGGUCUGGGAGAAGCAUUCUUGCAUUGGAAGGCCAUGUUAAGCCUGUUCUGGGGAUAUGUUUUUCCCCUAAUGGUUAUCAUUUAGCCACUGGUGCUGAAGACAAUACUUGUCGAAUUUGGGAUUUAAGAAAGAAGAAAUCCUUGUAUGUAAUUCCAGCUCACUCAAACCUUGUUUCACAAGUUAAAUUUGAGCCUCAAGAAGGAUACUUUUUGGUAACUGCUUCAUAUGAUAUGACAGCAAAGGUAUGGUCAGCCCGAGAUUUUAAGCCUGUUAAAACAUUAUCUGGACAUGAAGCAAAAGUUACAUCUUUGGAUAUAACGGAAGAUGGACAUUGUAUUGCAACUGUGUCACAUGAUCGAACAAUUAAGUUGUGGUCAUCUGCAGAAAUUGAAAAGGAGAAGGCUAUGGAUAUAGACUAACUUAAUACCAAUACCAUUCUCAAGAAACUUCAAAUAUGUGGGGGCCUUUCACUCGGCUGUGAACAUUCAUAUAUGCAAUUUUAAUUGAGAUAUCCACCAAGGAGACAUGAAGCAUACGUGGUUUCCCCAAGACAGAAUUUUCGACUUUGGAAUUACAUGUCUACUGUGAGAGCACUUUUUGCCACAGGUGAUAGGGACCUCCCGUACUUUCUGUGUCAAGUCUCUCAUAAGCAUGCAUUUUUGUUCUGUUUGGUUCACCUGUACCUGGUUUCUUGUAAUUGAUUUGAAAGGGAGUAAGCAGAUCCUAAAUUUAGCAGUGGUAAUUUGUGAAAUGACCUUUCAAGCAACACAGUUUGUGCAACUUUUAAGAGAUGCUAAUCUGAGGUUGAUUUUGGCUACAGGUAUUAUUUUGAUUA